CCCUCGGCUACGAGGGCGCAGCGCUGGCGGAAGUUGCGACGCUGGCGUCCCCGGAGCCUACGGAGGGCGGCAGUGACAGGCCGAGCGCUGACGGCAGCGAUUCGGGGGGUGGCGUGGACGCCCGCGGCGCGGGCUGGGGCAUCACCGCGGGCCUUGACCCCGAAAUGGCGCUGCUGGCGGAGCACCUGCUGAAGCCACUGCCUGCGGACAAGCAGAUCGAGACCGGGCCCUUCUUGGAGGCGGUGUCCCACCUGCCACCCUUCUUCGAUUGCUUUGGGUCCCCAGUGUUCAUGCCCAUCAAGGCAGACAUAAGUGGCAACAUCACGAAAAUUAAAGCCGUGUACGACACCAACCCAACCAAGUUCCGGACCCUGCAGAACAUCCUGGAGGUGGAGAAGGAAAUGUAUGGGACAGAGUGGCCCAAAGUGGGGGCCACGCUGGCGCUAAUGUGGCUGAAAAGAGGCCUCCGCUUCAUCCAGAUCUUCCUCCAGAGCAUCUGUGAUGGGGAGCGGGAUGAGAACCACCCCAACCUCAUCCGCGUCAAUGCCACCAAGGCCUAUGAGAUGGCCCUCAAGAAGUACCAUGGCUGGCUUGUGCAGAAGAUCUUCCAUGCAGCGCUCUACGCGGCCCCCUACAAAUCUGACUUCCUGAAAGCACUCUCCAAGGGGCAGAAUGUGACGGAGGAGGAGUGCCUGGAGAAGAUCCGCCUCUUCUUGGUCAACUACACGGCCACCAUCGAUGUCAUCUAUGAGAUGUUCACCAAGAUGAAUGCAGAGCUCAACUACAAGGUGUAGGCAGCUCCCUUGUGGGGCUACACUCAGAAACAAGCAAGCCUGGAUCACUGUGAACCAAGUCUCGUUCACCCACUGCUCACAGCCCCCGGACCAUCCUGGGCUGCAAAGGACAGCCUUGGUAUUUUUUCAGUCUUUUUUUUUUUCAGUUUAUUCUAUUGGAGCAAUAAAUAAUGAUCCUCUUUUGAAUCUUUGAAUUUCACAACAGCACAGACUGACUGUACAUCUUCAUUUCAGUGUGAUAAAAAUCAAUUAACCAACCUGGCUCGGUGGUGCAUGCCUGCAAUCCCAGCUACAUGGGAAGCUGAGACAGGAGGAUCAUAAGUUUGAUCCCAGCUUGGUGCAACUUAGAGAGAUCCUGUCUCAAAAAAAAAAAAAAAUUAAAAAGAAUUGGGAAUCUAGCUCAGUGGUAGAAUGCUUGUCUAGCAUAGGUGAGGCCCUGGGCUCAAUCCCUGGCACCACAAAACAUAAAAGCAAAAUUAACAUUUCUAAUAAAUGAAGUCCUGGGGGGGUCCCCCCCACAAAGAGUACUGCCCUAGGGGAGUGGUACACACCUCACUUCACAGAGAAGCACAUGUUCCUCUGAGGAUCUGGCUGAAUGAUGUUUUGGGUAUUUUAGGGAGUGUGAAAGAUUUGACUGAAAAUUUUGCAGGAUCCUUAUUGUGGUAUUCUUUAAAAAAAGCAAAUUGGUGUGUGUUCUAAUGUGGUUUGCACAGCCCAGCCUCACAAUGCUGUCAUUAGAAACCAUCUGCCUUUUGCCAGUCUUUUUUUGUUUUUUAAUAGCUGAAACCAACCAGCAAGCCUCUGAUGACCAAAGGGCCAUUUCUUUUCAAUCUAUUGGGCACAAACAAUUGACCAUUGAUGACUGUAUCUGCAUUCUUCUGCAUAAUUAUUUUCUUCAGGGACAAUUCUUCCAACCUAAGAAACAAGCGGAUUUCUGGGGAGGAAGAAAUAUACCCUCCAGCUGCUGAGACUUGAGAAGCCACCUUGCUGCCUUAAUGGUCCUUUCUGACGCUAAAAAGAGCUUAUAUUUUUUAAAGUAUUGGUGCAAACCAAGCAACUCCAAAAGAUUUGAUGUGUGUUUAAUAAAAAACUCAAUGAGGAACAAUUGGUGAUUUUUAUGUAGAAACUAAAUGAUCCUUAAUAAAUAAAUCUCUAUUUUGGAAUCA